GACAAGAAAACAAAAGAGGAAGAAAAAGACAAAAAAUGAAAGGAGAAGAAAAAGACAAGAAAACGAAAAAGAAGAAAAAGACAAGAAAAUAAAAGGAGAAAAAAAAGACAAGAAAACAAAAGAGAAAGAAAAAGACAAGAAAACAAAAGAGAAGAAAAAGACAAGAAAAUGA